UCUCUCUCUCUCUCUCUCUCUCUCUCUCUCUCUCUGAAGGAGGAGCUUCAGUAAAGGUGAAAGAAUCAUUUCAGAGAUCUAAGGGUCUACACAACAAUUCUAAUAUUAUUACAAUCAGUCUGCGAUGGAAGAUGAGACUGUAGCAAGCUCAGAGGUACCAGUCACCAAGGUUGUUAAGGAAACUAAGGAGGACAUAAUCCCAGCAGAUCAUAAGGAGGUCAAGAAGGAAGAAGAAGCGCCUUUAGAUGGGGAAUUUAUAAAAGUCGAAAAGGAAACUGUAGAAAUAAACGAUGUUGAAUCCCAUACAACAUCUCGAGCAUUGCCUGUUGAAGAUGAAAAACCAUCCAUCGUUGAAAAAAGCAGAGAAGUACUUGAGGCACAGGAGAAAGUAAGUGAACUUGAGAGCGAAUUAGGAAAAUUAACCACAGCCCUCAAACAUUCAGAGUCCGAAAAUACCGAUCUCAAAAACCAAGUCUCAGUCACAAACGAGAAACUUGAGCAACAAGAAAAGAAACAUGAAGAUCUCGAAGCCAGCCAUAAGAAACUACAAGAGGAAUUCAAAGAAGCUGAAGAAAGAUAUCAUUCACAGGUUACUACUCUGCAAGAGGAACUUCAAGCUCAAGAGGCUAACGUAAAGGAGCUGGUCAAAGUCAAAGAAUCAUUUGAAACCCUAAACACUGAGCUUGAAAGCUCAAAAAAGAAAAUGCAAGAUCUAGAACAUGAGCUAGGUCGCUCUGCAGAUGAUGCGCAAAAAUUCGAAGAGUUGCAUAAACAGAGUGGUUCACAUGCUGAAUCGGAGACUAAAAAAGCAAUGGAGUUUGAACGAUUGCUUCAGUUGGCUCAAGUGAGUGCGAAAGAAAUGGAAGAUCAAAUGGGUUUAAUCCAAGAAGAGCUCAAAGGUUUAUACGCAAAAAUCGCUGAUCAUGAAAAGGUGGAAGAAACACUCAAGAACACAACCGUAGAGCUGUCUGCAGCACAACAAGAGUUGGAAGUUUCUAAAUCACAAAUUGUAGAAUUUGAACAAAAUAUCUCGUCCCUUGAUAAUCUUCUCUCAUCAACCAAGGAAUCUCUUCAAGCCAAAGAAUCCGCAUUUGAAGAACUCAAACUGAAGCUUCAAGAGGAAGAGAAAGCAAAAGUACUGGUCCAAGAUGAGGUGGCUUCAAUUCGUGAAGAACUCACGAAACUAACAACCGAAAAGGAAGCUCUUAAUGUAGUUGUGGUCGAUUUGAAAACCGAAUUAGCACAAACUAAAAAUCAUUGUACUGAUCUUGAAGCAAAGUUACAGGUGUCGACCGAAAACAUCACCAAUACAGACACCCUUUUGUCUCAAGCUUUGGCUGAACGUAAAGAACUGGAACAGAAGAAUCUUGAGCUCGAGGAAGUUAUUCGUGUAUCGAAAACCGAAUCCGAAGAAGCAAAAUCACAAUCAUCUGUCUUGGAACUCAAAGUGAAAGAAACCGAAACAGAACUCCAACAGUUUUCUGCUAAAAUAUCCGAGCUUACCUCAACACUAUUCACUCUCGAAGAAGAAAAGCAUCAACUAAACCAGCAAGUAAAAGAUUUUACAGACAAGGUAGCUCAGCUAGAAUCUGAGUUGACUCAAUCGUCUUCACGUACCACAGAGCUUGAAUCGGAGCUUAAGAAUGUUGUAGAAAAGGCUGCUGAUCAUGAAGGAAGAGCAAACACGAGUCAUCAACGUAGUAUUGAGCUUGAAGAUAUAAUCCAGAAAUUAGAAUCUGAGUUGACUCAAUCGUCUUCGCAUCACACGGAGCUUGAGUCUGAGCUUAAGAAUGUUCUAGAAAAGGCUGCUGAUCAUGAAGGAAGAGCAAACACGAACCAUCAACGUAGCGUUGAGCUUGAAGAUAUAAUUCAAACGUUGAAUAUAAGAGCUGAAAAUUCAGGUAAAAAGGCGAGUGAAUUGGAGUUGUUGCUUGAAGCAGAAAAGUACAGAAUCCAGGAGCUUGAAGAGCAGAUUAGUACACUCGAGAAGAAAUGUAAAGAAACAGAAGAAGGUUCUAAUGUCCAUUCCAAUAAAGUAUCUGAACUCGAAGCAGAACUAGAUGCCUUCCGAACAAAAGCAACAGCUCUUGAGGCUGCACUCGAAUCUGUCACUAAAAAUGAACAAGAAUUAACCGAAUCUUUGAAUUUAGCAACCACUGAGAAAAAACAACUGGAAGACACCUCGAGGAAGUUAUCAGAGCAUGUUGCUGAAGCAGAAAACCUAGUUGAAGUACUGAGAAAUGAACUCAAGGUCUCUCAGGAGAAAUUGGAAACAGUUGAAACUGAUCUUGGAUCUAAGCUUAAGUCAGCUGAGGAAAAACUUGAGGAGCAAGAAAGAUCAUUGGGAGAAACAGUAGCGAAUUUCACUAGCAGAGACACAGAGGCGAAAUCGUUACUUGAGAAAUUAAACACUUUUGAAGAACAAUUAAAGACAUACAAAGCACAGUUAGUUGAAGCAAACGAAAGAUCUGCUUCGCUAAAAGACGAAUUAGAUCAGCUUUUACUGAUAGAAGCCAAUACAAAAAGUGAGAAUGAAGAUCUCAAAAGAAAGAUUUUGGAAACCGAAGAAAAUGUUACCAAGUCCACCAAUGAGAACGAUAUGUUGGUUGCAACCAUUAUUGAGCUUAAAGACAAAGUCAACGAGCUUGAAAUUUCACUAAGUGGGGUACACAGCGAAAAGGAAUCUGCAGCUCAAGCAAUUGAUUCUCAUGUCAAGACUAUAGCCAGUUUAACCGAACAGCAUUCUAAAGCCACUGAGCUUGCAGAUCUGAAACUUACUCAAGAACUUGCUGCUUACGAGGCCAAAUUGAAUGAUCUGCAGACAAGUUUGACUGCUGCUUUGACUGAAAAAGACGAGACAUUCAGCCACCUCCAUAUCUCCAAAAAAGAAAUUGAAGAUUUAAAAGAAAAGUUCACUUCUGAAGGGCAGAAUCUCCAGUCUCAGAUAUCAUCAUUGAUGGAAGAGAACAACAUGUUGAAUGAAACACAUCAAAACGCUAAAAAGGAGCUUCAGACAUAUAUCACUACACUUGAAGAGCAAGUGAAAGAACAUGCAUCUAAUGAAACGUCUGUAAAAGCUGAGCUUGAAAGUCUCAAGGCACAAAUCGAAGAGAAUGCUAAAUUAUACGACAAUUUAAAGAACCUUGAAGAGAAACUAGCAGCAUCUCAAAAGACCAUUGACCAACAGGAGUCGGAAAGAGAUGCAGCUUUGAAGGAGGUGGAAGCAAAGAAGGCAGCAAUUUUAGAUUUGGAGAAACAAAUCAAAGACUUGCAGGCAGCCAAUGCUAAAGCUAAAGAACAGGUUACUGAUAACUCAAGUGAGAUAAAAUCAAGGGACUUUGGAGCAACAAUGACAACACCAUCAAAGCGCAAGAGCAAGAAAAAUGCGGAAUCAUCAAGCACUGUACAGAAUAAUCAAGCAUCAGCCUCAUCAAACACAGUACAAAAUCAAGCAACUGCUCAUGAUUCUUUUGGCACAAGCAUUAAGUUCAUCGUGGGAGUAGCAUUGGUUUCCGUGAUUAUUGGUAUAGUUCUUGGUAAACGAUAUUAGUUAAUUUGUGGUUGGUUUUUAAUUAUAUUGUCAAUGGCUUUCUUUUUUUUUUUUUUGGUGGAAAAAAGUUCUUUUUUUAUUUUUGGGUUUCUUUGGGGUAGGAAUGGGGUUUGAUU